AUGGUGGAAGGUAAUUGUAGCACAGUUAUUCAAAGAAUCCUCCCACCAAAGUACAAAGAUCCAGGGAGUGUGACUAUCCCGUGCUCAAUAGGGGUUGUAUCAGUAGGAAAAGCACUAAUUAAUUUAGGGGCUACCAUCAAUUUGAUGCCCCCAUCUAUGUGCAAAAGGAUAGGGAACUUAGAGAUUGCACCAACCAGAAUGACAUUGCAGGUUGCUGGUCGUUCAAUUACAAGACCCUACGGUGUAGUGGAGGAUGUGUUGGUCAAGGUUCGUCAAUUUAUAUUCCCUGUGGAUUUUGUGAUCAUGGAUAUAGAGAAGGAUGCUGAAAUUCUAUUGAUCUUAGGCCAUCCCUUCAUGCUGACGGCUAAGUGUGUAGUGGACAUGGGAAAUGGUAACCUAGAAAUGAGUGUCGAUGAUCAAAAGGUUACUUUCAAUCUAUUCGACGCAAUUAAGCAUCCAAAUGACCACAAGGCCUAUUUUAAGACGGAGGUAGUUGAACAUGAGGUGGCUAUGGUAGCUCAAGCUAUAGUAUCACAAUCCCCAUUACAGAAAGCUCUGACUAAUGCAGUGGAAUGCCUUACAAAGGAAGAAGAAAAAGAAUUGAAGAAAUGUUUGGAAAAGUUGGAUAGGUUGAAAGGAAGCCUUUCAAAAAAAGUUUUAUUUGAAGAAUUGAAGAAAGACCCUCCCACAGAGAAAACUAAGGUGGACCUGAAGAUCUUGUCGGAGCAUUUAAGGUAUGUGUUCUUAGAAGAUAAUGAGGCAAGACCAGUAGUGAUUAGCAACUCUCUAACUGAUGAGGAGGAAUCUCGGCUGGUGAAAGUCUUAAAAAAGCAUAGGGCAACGACUGGAUGGCACAUAUGA